AUGAAUAUCAACGUCGACAGUGCUAAAGAUACACUUUGCAAAAAUAUACUAAUUUAUGGGUAUUGCAAGUACGAGAAUAAGGGAUGCCUAUUUAACCACUCCGGACCAGGGCAAAAAGGACAGAAUCCGGGUCAGGCUCAGCAGGUGAGUGGUCAAGGCUUAAAGCUGACAGGAGGUCAAUCAUCAACUUUUAAUAUGUCCUCAGGUAAACCUGCAAUACCAUCUAAUGGCGAUAACAAGCGAAGAUUUAAUACCAAGACUCCUUCAUUUCAACCUUCAGGUGUGCAAAAUUUAACUAACAAGUUUUCUAACUUGUCUCCGAAUUUAAAAGAAAUACCAGUCUUUGUUCCAUCAGGCAAUGCAAUUGAUUCUUCAGUGAGUACACCUCUGAAUGAGCUUGAUAACUUUAGAAGCGAUAAUAGUACUAGUAUCAGCAACAUUAGUAAUGCUAGCAAUAUGAAUUUGAAUAAUAGUACUCAUAUUGCUCAUAAUAGCACUAAUACCAAUGAUAAUAAUAAUAAUAAUAAUAAUAGCAGUGAUAUCAAUAGCGUGAAUGAUAGUCCCACUUUUAUCCCAGGGAAGAAAUUCAAUACUUCGACGCCUUCAUUUACUCCUACUAGUACGUAUACAAACAAUAUUGGAGGCACUGUUACUGGCGUAAUUAACUCGUCACAAGACGGAACAUUACAGUUGUCAGGGAAUCAGCCUAAUCCUUAUCUCCCUUCAAAUGCCAAUCCAUCUACUAUUAUGCCAUCGGCAUCGGAUAUGUUCUUCUCCAAUCAGUCGACACCUUAUUCGUUGCAAUAUCAUCUCUAUGCACCGGCUCCUCCUCCGCGCCUAACUGUCCCUGUGCCUCCAUAUGUGACCAAUGCGAAUGAAAUGUUUAUACCUAAUGAAUUACGUCUCAGUCUACAGAAAAAAAAUGAAGCAACAUUACAAACCCUUGCGAGGUCGAAUUUGCCAGAACAUAUCAACAUAUAUCACUCGCUAGUUCCAAUUGAUAAAUCCUAUGAACGUUUUUCUAAAGUUUGGGGCAUUCCAUCGUCAGUUUUUAAAGUAUUUUCUAACUUAGAUGGAAACCCUUAUGCUUUAAGAAAACUUGAACAUGGCUUUUUAAUAUCAACUGAUGUUCCGUUUAAAACCAUUAAAAGAUGGAGAACUAUUAAAUGCGCUAAUAUUGUCCAAUUACAAGAAGCUUUUACGACUGUUUCUUUUGGAACGCUGUCUCUAGUAGUUGCUUACGAUUAUUAUCCCAACUCAGACACUUUAAUUGACCAUCACAAGAAAACGUUAUCGAAAAUUGAGCCUAUAACAGAAGAGCUUCUUUGGACCUAUAUUUGUCAAAUUACGAAUGCUUUGCUGGCGAUUCAUGAAAAAGGUUUGGCUGCUAGAUCGUCCUUGGAUGGAACCAAAAUAAUUGUAACGAAUAAAAACAGAAUUCGAUUAGCAAGCGUUGGUGUCACUGAUAUAUUAAAAUAUCAAGAGGAUGAAGAACAUAUUAAAAAUGAAGGCCUAACAAACUAUACCAAGUCCUUACAAAAGAGUGAUAUCAAAACAUUUGGUAAACUUAUUUUGGAUCUUGCAAGUUUAACUUUACCCCAUAAUUUAAGAAGCCAGGAGCCUACUGAACUUCUUAAGGCAUUGAAGUUAUCUGGCUCUAUUAAGUUUAGCGAUGAACUUGUAGAAGCGAUUCUGUCACUACUUUUUGACGAAGAUUUUGACCUUGCUAAGUUUAAUGCACACUACUUGGCAUCUAGGCUCCUCAACUUGAUAAACAAUUUAGAAGACUCUACAGAUUACAUGGAAUCUCAGUUAACAUCGGAGCUAGAAAAUGCUAGAUUAUUUCGGCUUGUUGCAAAACUUAAUUUUGUAAUUGAUCGGCCAGAAUAUCCUGUCCACGAUAACAGCAAUAAGCAUAUUGCGAAACUUUUCAGAGACUUUGUUUUCUGUGAAUAUGAUGACUUUGGGAAACCGGUUCUUAAUCUUUCUAGAGUCUUAGUAAAUUUGAAUAAACUAGAUGCUGGUAUUGAUGAAAAGUUUCUCUUGGUGAGUCGCGAUGAUAAAAAUUGCGUGAUCGCUAGCUACAAGGAGGUUAGAGACAUUAUUGAUAGCUUAUUCGGAAAUCUUGCUCGCGGCUAG